AUGACGGUAAAUGAUGAAAACUCUGAAAUUGUACUGAACCCAGAACCAGCCCCGUCUCAAGCCCCUGUGCCCCUUCCUGUGUACGAUGAAAAUUCUCAUGUGCCUAGACCCGUACGAUUAGUUGAAAUUCCAUUUCCGAAACACAACAAAGAAGUUACUCAAACAUAUGCUGUUACACUGACGGGGUCGUCUGAGUACGCUGUCCCUGGGACUGAGUUUACACUGACAUGUGAUGUACCAGAGGAGGCCUAUGCUGUCCAGUUGUACCGCCGUCCUGACGUCACUACUACAGUAGGUGCUAUACAAGUAGCUGGUGACCAAUGUUACAACGUUAAAGUCAGCCCCGCCGUCCCCUGUACACCGGAUGUCUGUUCCUGUGUAACGUCUGGAGUAAGGCUUGGUACAGUGUUCCGGUGGAUCAUACAGCCACAGACGGGAGAUCAUGGAUCUGUGUGGUACUGUAGACGUACCAACCUUAACCUACCUGAUCAAACACUGGACAGUGAUGAUUAUACACUUAAUGUGGCAGACGGACCUUCCACCGUACGUCUGACUCCACCAACCGUGACCUACACUUCUACCGAGGGACAGACUCUCCCCACCAUCACGUGUUCUGCUGACUGUAACCCGGCUUGUACCUACAGUUGGACAAAGGAUGGACAGUCCAUUACAACAGGGUCAGGUCUCCAACUCACCAACAUACAGCGUGACCAGGGGGGCGUAUACAGGUGUACGGCCGGUAAUGGGUACGGGAGUGACGCCAGCAUCAAUGUCAACGUCAUUGUAGAUUACGGCCCCGGUACCUCCAUAGCUCUGUCCCCGCCCAACACUACCUACACCAGAACAGAGGGGGACACAUUACCGGACAUCACCUGUACAGCGGACUGUAGACCUGGCUGUACCUUUGUCUGGACACAACCGGACAACACCAACUUUACUGUCUCACCUGUGUUGUCACUGGGACAACUGGACAGAUCAGAUCACGGGACGUACAGGUGUACUGCUAGGAAUGUUGUCGGGGAGUCGACUAUAAUGACCAGUGUUACCGUACAGUAUGGUCCCGGUACCUCCAUAAUUUUGUCACCACCGGACACUAUCUACACGAGGACAGAGGGGGACCCGUUACCGGACAUCACCUGUACAGCGGACUGUAGACCUGGCUGUACCUUUGUCUGGACACGACCGGACAACACCAACUUUACUGUCUCACCUGUGUUGUCACUGGGACAACUGGACAGAUCAGAACACGGGACGUACAGGUGUACUGCUAGGAAUGCUGUCGGGGAGUCCAUUUCAACAAUCAUUGUUACAUUACAAUAUGGUCCUGGUUCUUCGCUAAUUUUAUCACCACAGGAGACCAAGUAUACGAGGAUAAAGGGUGACACGUUACCGGACAUCACCUGUACAGCGGACUGUAGACCUGGCUGUACCUUUGUCUGGACACGACCGGAUAACACCAACUUUACUGUCUCACCUGUGUUGUCACUGGGACAACUGGACAGAUCAGAACACGGGACAUACAGAUGUACUGCUAGGAAUGUUGGCGGGGAGUCGACUAAAGUGAUCAAUGUUAUUGUGAAAUAUGAACCACAUCCGUAUCAAAUGCUCGACCAAAACCAGACGUUUUAUAUAUCCCAGUCAGACACCAUUAUUUUGUCUUCUACAUUCAUCUCCAACCCGGCGCCAUCUUUCAUCUGGACCUUCCAACCCUACAAAUCUUUUGAUGCAACUGAUCUUAGAAACGGAACGGAUGGCGUUAUUAUACAAAAUACGUUUGAGGGGAGGAAUUUAACUGCUAUUUCAGUUUUGACUCGGACCAGUAUACAGGAGAGCUGGUUUGGAUUAUAUAACGUCACAGCAACAAACAACCAAGGCAGUGCCAUGCUUAGCUUCACAGUUCGUGAAAAACUGAACCCAGGAAUCCCAAACAGUCUGUUAAUUGGCUGUACUAAGGCCAGUUCUGCUGAGGUAUCGUGGAGCGACGGAGGCGACUCUCAGUAUUACCAUGUUAUUUUCAGCACAGAUAGGUUUCUUCUCUCACAAGAGGUUUAUCCAGUGUCGAUUACAAAACACACAGACGGAAGUGACGUGUAUAGUCAAAAUAUAGACAAUCUGGAUGGAGGCCAUGUUUAUUUCUUUAAGGUUGUAGCGUACAAUAAGUACGGAAACACAACAUCGGCAGAUGCUGUCGGCUGUACUGUUCAUGAGCCAUGUUCUAGUGGAACUGACAGUAUGUAUGUCACUGGAGUUGUACUGACGGUCACUAGCGUACUCACGCUAUUGUUCACAGUUGGAAUCGAGAUUUAUUUCAGACGAAAUGGAAGACUAUGUCAUAGAACACGUCAGCUUCCAAAACAGAAGGAAUACCAGGAUGUACAACUUUCAGAUCGAGAUCUCCAUAUCAGGAACUUGAUACCAAUGAGGUUGCCAAGGCGUCCGUGUAUUCUGAAAUCGGAGGACACCAUCAUGUUAACCCAAUUGUUCCUGACAAUGAAGGAGAUGGUGGAAAGUACGAGUCGUUGGAGGGACGUUCGAAUCCAAACGUUUAUGAAGAACUUCAUACUGCAACGUCUGGUAACAGAGGGACAUAUAUCAAUACUACCAUCGCUUGUAGAGAUUAGUGUUUAUACAACAUCAUGGAACUCAGUGAGGCGAUGUCUCAUCAAGGUCUGGUUGGAGACAGGAGAUCAAGGGAGACAUUGUCCAGUUGUUAUAUUUGUGAAAUGAAACCUUGACUGUUUUA